CAAAAUAGAAAAAAGAAAAACCUUUUCAUUUUCGUUUCUACAUACCUCCAGAUUGUGGUUGAUCUCUAUCAAUCUAAACUUUCCGGAAUUUGAACGCAAGUAUUGUCUUUGUUUGGCGGGUUUAUCGAAGAGAGCUGAAAUCAUCAUCAUCAGAAUGUUCUUGGUUGACUGGUUCUAUGGUGUUCUAGCAUCUCUUGGUUUGUAUCAGAAAGAGGCCAAGAUAUUGUUUCUAGGUCUUGAUAAUGCCGGAAAGACCACCUUGCUUCACAUGUUGAAAGAUGAGAGAUUGGUACAGCACCAGCCAACACAGUUUCCGACGUCUGAGGAAUUGAGUAUCGGGAAAAUUAAGUUUAAGGCUUUUGAUUUGGGAGGGCAUGUGAUCGCUCGCAGAGUUUGGAAGGACUACUAUGCCCAGGUGGAUUCUGUAGUUUACCUUGUUGACGCGUACGAUAAAGAGAGAUUUGCAGAGGCCAAAAAGGAGCUGGAUGCCCUCCUCUCAGACGAUUCACUUGCAAAUGUCCCGUUUCUCAUACUUGGGAACAAGAUUGACAUACCCUAUGCUGCCUCAGAGGAUGAGUUGAGAUAUUACUUGGGUUUGACUGGUGUUACUACCGGUAAGGGUAAUGUUGACCUCGCUGACUCAAAUGUCCGUCCUAUUGAGGUCUUCAUGUGUAGUAUCGUGCGCAAGAUGGGAUAUGGUGAUGGCUUUAAGUGGCUUUCCCAAUACAUUAAGUAGGAGAAUCGGAGAAUGGAAGAAGCAAGCAGAUGUGUGAAGCCAUCUAAGGGUAACUUUCAUGCCACUGCUGCAUGAAUGUAUAUAUUGGGAAUGUAAAGUUUAGUAUGUAGCUUUUACCUUGUUAUCUUGCAGACAGUCUUGCUAUUUUUUUGGUGGGGAAGGUUAAGUUGAUUCUGUUCUCUCUCUGUGUCUGUCUCUCUUCGUACUUGACACGAUUGUAAAGAAAUAAAGUUGUGCUGUAAUGUUUAUGAUUGAUGGGGAAAUGUUCCGAUCUUUUGCAUUCCAUGGCAA